UGUUGCUCAUCAGCUCCUGGACUGGCGGCUCAUCUGAAGCUGGAGCCCCUGAACGAGAAGCUCCUGCGCUUGUCCUGGUCUCCUCCUGACGGCAGCUGGGAUGUCUACCGGAUCCUGCUGUUCAACGGCUCGUCUGUGCUGGCGAACCUCACCGCUGACAGGAGUGUGCUGGAGCUCAGCUUCACUAACUGGACUCUGGUUCCGGGCCGGCUGUACCGGGCGUCCGUCAGUGUGGAGAGCGGAGGUCUGAGCUCGACCGCAGACUGCCACGGGAGACUAGCUCCCCGGCCCGUCCAGUCGCUGACUCUCCGUCACAGUAGCGAGACGUCUCUGAGCGCUGUGUGGACCCGUCCUGUGGGCGAGUGGGACGACUACACCGUCCUGCUGAGGGACGCAGACUCCACUGUGGACAGAAGGACAUUAGCUGGAGACGUGCAGCGGUGCAGCUUUAGCAGCCUGACGCCUGGACACUCCUACACCAUCACUGUGACCACCAAUAGUGGAGCUCUGAGUAGCUCCGCCCACGUCACAGGAACAACCAUGCCUGCACAGGUCACACAUCUGCGGGUCAGUAAUCAGGGCCGCACAGACGCGCUGCAGGUGCGCUGGGACGCGGCGGUCGGAGAGGCGGAUCUGUACCGCGUGCUCCUCAUCCACGACAGCGUGGUCAUGAAGAACGAGAGCGUGCCGCCCAACGUCAGCUCCGUCCACUUCCAGGGCCUGAGGUGUGGCGCCCUCUACAGGACAGUGGUGACCACUGCGCUCAGCAGCGCCCUCUCACGCCAGACCGUGGCUGAUGGACGCACAGUUCCAGCCGCUGUGAGAGACGUGACGGUGAGCAACAACGGGCGCAUGGACUUCCUCAGUGUGUCGUGGAGAGCCGCUGAAGGAGACGUGGACAACUACUCUGUGACUCUGAGAGACCAGGAGAGAACCGUUCACACCCUCACUGUGUCUAAGCUCAGCACAGAGUGUGUGUUCAAGUCUCUGGUGUCUGGACGUCUCUACAGCAUCUCCAUCGCCAGCCGCAGUGGAGAGUUUGAAAACCACACCGUGGUUCAGGGGCGCACACAACCCUCCACAGUGUUGAACCCUACGGCCACACACAUGGCUCGUGACGACCAUCUGAAGGUUUACUGGCGCCACGCGGCCGGAGACUUCGACUACUAUCAUGUCUCCAUCAAGCACAACAACAUCUUCCACCAGAACAAGACGGUCCCCAAGACUCAGAAUGAGUGUGUGUUCAGUGGGCUGGUGCCAGGCCGACUCUAUACUGUGAUUGUCAGUACAUGGAGUGGGAAAUAUGAGUCCAGUGUCUCAACUCACGGAAGGACAUUGCCAGCAGGAGUGUGGAACCUCUCGCUAGCUGACAGCGGCACUGAGGAUCUGCUGGUGACGUGGGGUUCUCCUCCCGGAGAUGUGGAUCAUUAUGAGGUUCAGCUGCUCUUUAAUGACAUGAAGGUGUUUCCACCCAUCACACUGACCAGCAGCACGAACAGAUACCUGCUCUCUUCACUCACUCCUGGAAGACUCUACAAGAUCGUGGUGUCCACCUUCAGUGGGCCAAACCUCAGUGUGCAGGUCAUCAAAGGCAGAACAGUUCCCAGUAAAGUGAAGAACAUUCACAUCAGUAAUGGCGGUGAGAGCAGCAGCCUGAGAGUGAACUGGACGCCGGGACAGGGGGAUGUGGACCGGUACACUGUGUCCCUCUCUCAGAUGGGCGGCCCGGCUGAAGAGAGAUCAGUCCCUAAACAUGUGAAUGAGAUGAGUUUCCAGGGGCUGUUGCCGGGACAGCAGUACAUGAUAACCGUUACAUCUAUUAGCGGAUCUCUGAUCAACAACAGCACAGAAACCGGACGAACAGUUCCCUCCCCGGCGCGGGCUCUACGGGUGGAGACCCAGCGCAGCUCGGCCGCUCUGCUGGUGUCCUGGCAGCCGGCGCCAGGGGUGUACGACAGCUACCGGCUGCAGGUUCUGGAUGAGCGAGGAACGCUGGUGGCUAAUAACUCUCAGCCCGCAGAAUCCAGUCAGCAUUACCUCCGACAGCUGACGCCGGGGAAGAAGUACCGCAUCCGGAUGCAGACCGUCAGCGGAGGAGUCAGCAGCGACGAUGCCGUGGCUGAGGGCAGGACCUGUCCAGCUUCUGUUAAUGACCUGUCGGUCUUCAGCAACACGACCACAAGCCUGUCGUUCCGCUGGGCUCCGCCGGACGGGGAGUUUGAGGGGUUUGAUGUUCUUCUGUAUAAUGGAGAUGAAAGCUUGCAUGAUCAGAAACCAGGACUGGUGAGCAUGCGGGACUGCUCUUUCCAUGACCUUCGACCCGGGGCGCCGUACAAGGUGGUGGUUCUGACCCGCAGUGGAGAUCAGACCAACGACACAUCACUCUGGGCCCGGACAGUGCCCGCGGCUGUGUCGUUCUUGCGUGCGGACAGCAGGAGAAGCUCGGAGAGCCUGUGGUUGAGCUGGAAGCAGGCCGGGGGUGAAGUGAGCCGCUACACACUCCUGAUCUACAACCCCGACGGGACUCCUCACGCUCAGACCAGUCUGGGCCCCGAGAGCCGGGGUCAUGAGUUUCAGGGCCUGGUGUCUGGGCGACUCUACCGGGCGGUGGUCCUGACACACAGUGGAGAUCUCUCUAACAUGGCAGCUACUGACGGCAGGACGGACCCUAGGCCUCCGGUCUCGUUCUCCUUUGGAGAAAUCACGAACACCUCACUGGAGAUGACCUGGAGUGGUCCAGAACACACUGAUUAUGAUGACUUCGACCUUCAGUGGAUCCCCAGGGACCCUCUGUCCGUGUUCAACCCCUACCACAGCCCCACAUCCGGCAGCCGGAUCCUGAAGGGCAUGUUCCCCGGCCGGCGGUACAACAUCAGCCUGCGUACGGUCAGCGGCGCUGGAUCCCACAACCCCAGCUACAGCCGGCCCAUCGACAGCAGCAUCAGGACAAGGCCCGUGCGUGUCCAGGGUCUGCACUGCCGUCCGCAGAACUCCUCCGCCAUCGCCUGUUCCUGGACUCCUCCAGAAGCCGACUUCGACUCCUACACCAUCGAGUGCUCCCGAAAGGACUCGCAGAGAAUGGUGUACUCGCGGCGCACGCUCAAAGACAACACCGUCUAUCUGAUCAAAGAUCUGGAGCCUCACAAACACUACAUGGUCUCCGUCAAAGUCAUCUCUGACAGCAUGACCAGUGAGGCGGUCGUGGAGAAUGUGGUGACGAUGAUAGACCGUCCACCUCUGCCCUCCACUCGAGUCGAGGAGAACACAGUUCAGAUCACCAAGUCCACCAUAUUCUUCCAGUUUAACUGCAGCUGGUUCAGUGACAUCAACGGCGCGGUGAAAUUCUUCACCAUCAUCGUCACCGAAUCUGAUGACAGUGUAAACCAGCAGCCUAACCAGCAUCAUCCUCUUCCCUCGUACCUGGACUACCGGUCCAACAGCUCUGUCAAAGCGUAUCAGACCAGCUUCAUCCGCAGCCACUGCGACGAGAGCCAGAGCUCCACGCAGGAGAUCGAGGUCCAUCUGGGGUCGGGCAUGGAGAGUCUGGGAGGACGGUGCGAUCAGAAACCACUGGCCGAUGCAGCUCAGGGUCAGCUGGUCUUCUGCGAUGGGCCACUGAAACCCAAGACUUCAUACAGACUCAGCGUUCGAGCGUUUACCAAACUUUUUGAUGAGGAUCACGAGGAGUUUCUCUCUCCGCUCUUCACGGAUACGUACCUGUCCCAGCCCUUCGUGACAGACGCAGAGCCGCUGAGUGGGGUCAUCGAAGGGGUCAGCGCUGGACUCUUCCUCAUCGCCACCAUGGGGGGAUUAAUCGUCCUGCUGAUCUGCAGGCAGAAAGUCCACAAAAUGAGUGCACAAGAGCCUGUGGUCAGAAUGAGUCUGAGAAGAGAAAGACCGUCUUCAGGAACACACGUCACCGCCAGAGGGAACCGGCGUGUCUCGAGCCCAAUCAGCACCUCAAACUUUGAGUCCCAUUUAACUAAACUUCGAGCAGACUCCAACUACCUCCUUUCUGAGGAAUAUGAGGACCUGAAGGAUGUUGGUCGUAACCAGCCUCAAGACUCGGCGUUAUUGCCUGAAAACAGAGGCAAAAACCGCUACAACAAUAUCCUGCCUUAUGAUUCCACGCGAGUGAAGCUGUCCUAUGUUGACGACGACUCCUGCUCAGAUUAUAUUAACGCCAGCUAUAUUCCUGGCAAUAACUUCCGGCGGGAGUACAUCGCGACUCAGGGACCUUUACCCGGCACUAAAGACGACUUCUGGAAGAUGGUGUGGGAGCAGAAUGUGCACAACAUCGUGAUGGUGACGCAGUGUGUUGAGAAGGGAAGGGUGAAGUGUGACCACUACUGGCCGUUCGACCAGGAGCCGCUGUACUACGGAGAUCUGAUAGUCCAGAUGCAGUCGGAGUCUGUGCUGCCGGAGUGGACCAUCCGAGAGUUCAAGAUCUGUAAUGAGGAACACCUGAGCUACUCCAGGGUGGUGCGUCAGUUCCACUACACCGUGUGGCCGGAUCACGGAGUGCCAGAGAUCACACAGUCCCUCAUUCAGUUCGUGCGGACCGUGAGAGACUACAUCAACCGCUCACCCUUCUCUGGAGCCACUGUAGUGCACUGCAGUGCUGGAGUGGGCCGCACCGGGACCUUCAUCGCCCUGGACCGAGUCCUUCAGCAGCUCGACACCAGGGACACGGUGGACAUCUACAGCUCUGUGUUCGACCUGAGGCUUCAUCGCACACACAUGGUGCAGACAGAGUGCCAGUACUCGUACCUCUACCAGUGUGUGCGAGACGUACUGCGCGCCAGAAAACUGCGCAGUGAACAGGAAAACCUCCUUUAUCCCAUCUAUGAGAAUGUGCAUCCGGAUCAGCAUAGAGACGGGAUCUACUCCAAGCGCUGAUCUGCCACUGGAGAAAAAAGAGGCCAAACACUUUAAUGUCAAACUCGCAUGUAAAAAUUUAUCUGAAAUGAAUUUUAUAUGAAGGUAAUGCUAUGUUUAUACCUAGAUGUAACAGAAUUAUAUCAUGUACAUAUAUUAUUCAAUAUUAAUUCAGAGUUUAUGCUAAACUUGCUUAAUAUAAUAUGUAUCACUAAUUAAAAGCUUAUUUUAUAUGAAUAAACAUAUUCUGAAACGACA